CUCGAUAGUAGAUUGAAAUUCCUUAGAGUGACAACAAUUAUAUUGCUUUUUGCUUGGUUCAGCAUUUUUCCAGAAUUCUUCCUUCCUUUUUAAUUUCCCAUAUCGCAAGUAAUAUUUGGUAGCAGUCAAUUUGACAUUCUACCGUUAUACUAAACAAAGCACGAGUCAAUAAAUAUGGAAAAGGAAUGGCUUUGCUCAAAACAAAACAUCAAAAAUUUAACCGACGAAUCAAUUAGUAUUCAUUCUAUUAAAAUUUACUUUAUUUAGCAACUACUUGCCUGAUGGCACAUCCCAAUUGAAGCGUCUUUGGAUGCAUUUUGUUGCAAUUACCAAAUGAAAAUAUUCAUUUACGGAAGUUAAAAGCUCGUUGCAAAAGGGUAGCAUACGCUAUUACAAAAUACGGAUUGGAGGAACGCAAACUGAAUGCGAUACUUGAACUAAAUGACUGUGUAAACUGCAGGAGAUUUACAGUUGUCGGACCAGAAGAGUAUUACACCCGGUUGGAUUACGGAUUGCCAUUUCGCAGUUUCGGGUUACAAAUGUCAUAAAAUAAGCUAGCACUAGUUCGACAUGAAAUCCAAUAUGGCACGAUACGUUUCAGUCAAAAUAACUCUUUUACUCAGUCUAAACUGCUUUCCAAUACUGACUGUUUUCCAUUAAGCUUUGCAUUACAUGAUAAUUUUCAGUUAUUUUCAACAAAAUCUGAUAAAAGUCCACCUUUUGUAAUUAAAAUUUACAUAUUUCGCAUCUUUGCAAAAAAAGGGGAAAAGAGCGACACUUAUUCCUAUUCGCUUCCCGGACCAACUUCAAAAAAAAACAUUUGCCAUUUUAUCUAAUUUAUCAUUGAUUUAACUUUCUAAUUAAAUCAAUGAUAUUUCUAAUUAUCUGUUAUUUCUAAUUAUCUGAAAUUACCAGAAGAAUCCUGAAUCCUUCCAAGACACUAUUUUAUAAAAACCCAAUUCUUUUUUUCACAAAACAGUUUCUGCGAAUUUUUUUGCAAAGCCGCAAUUUGAAAUGAAGCCCAAAUUCGAGGAGCAGUUCUGGGCACACAAAAUGCACAGUGUGAAGGCGAAGAUUGAGGAGGAGGACUAUUGGAUCCCCAUCAUGCGAGACCUGGAGACAGCAUGCAGGGACAGUCAGUUCAGAAAGGACUUCUGCCGAGGGGGCGAAUUCGAGGUGUUCCAGGCUGUGUUUGGACACGUGGAGAAGAGUGUGAUGGGGGAGGUAAGAAUGAUUGGACAAUUCAACAAGGAGCUGAAAAAAGAGUUGUUUGAGAAGACGAGGAUCAACUCCAAACUAAACAAACUCGCACUCCCAUCUAUCACUGCACUAUGGUCACUCACAUCAGAUACUUUCACGAUGGACUACAAGGCACUGCUGAAGGAACACAUCAUAGAGUACAUUCUGUCCUGGCUGGGACCCCUCUACUGCAACGAGCAGUUCCUCAGCGAGGACAUCCGACAGAAGAUGUUCGGGGGGUGUCUCAGCAUCAUCUGGAACUCCCUCAGCUCAGAUCCAGACAUGAAGUUCCCCAUCAGGAAGCACAUGGCGCCCCACAUAGAGAUUAUUAAAAGCAUGUCGGAGGACUUCCAGUUCGACCAGAGAAUCCUGGCACUCACUUGUCUGCUUCUCCUCACAGACCACGAGAGGAAGAGCGACUUCACCACCACCUCCGCGGACCUCAACAUCCUUGUGCAGGCACUACACGAAACCAUCAAGAGCAAGGGUGCAAAUGUGGUAAUUUCAAACGCCACUUACAAACUACAAGAACUUCUUGUAGUCUUCCUCAACGUGUCUGAGAAUGACACCACAAAAGACAUCUUGAUAGACUUGCAAGUGAGCGAAGCUCUUCUCACACUUCUAGACAUACACACACUGCACAGAGACCAGAAGAUUCAGAUUCUACAACUGCUACACAAACUCAGUUUCAAAGUCAAAGCGAGGAGUGACUUGUCUAAUUUCGUGCGACACUCACUGGAUGAUUACCAGAGAAAAAGUAAUGACUACGAGAUCACAGAACUCUGCAAGCGCAUCAACUUCGAACUUGAGGAGAAAAAACGACUGCAUGAUUCGGCUGUCAAACCACCAGAAGAAAAAUACAAAACACCAAAACACGUGCUGAUAUCCUACAAUUGGUCCUCUCAGCCUCUCGCGUUGAAACUGAAGUCGACUCUGAAAGCGAAUGGAAUUCGCACUUGGAUGGACGUGGAAAACAUGGGAUCCGAGAUUCUCAGUUCCAUGGCUGAAGCGGUUGAGAAUUCAUUUUGCGUGCUUGUAUGUGUGACUGAAAAGUACAAAGAGUCAUCUGCGUGCAGAUCAGAAGCGGAGUAUUCGUACAAUUUGAAGAGGGACAUUGUGCCCCUCAUGAUGGAAAAGGGAUACACACCAUCAGGUUGGCUUGGGAUCUUGUGUGGGACGAAGAAGUACUACAAAUGGUUCAAUGAGGCCACCGUUGAGUCUUCGUCAGGCGGUCUCGUGUCUUACCUGCUAAACCACCCAUCUUUACAGCAAUCAGUAGACACGGACGUACUAGAAGAUUUCAUAGAAGCUUCCGUCAGUAGCAUCGCAAACAGUGCACCGAAUGGAAUCAGUGUCGAUACUAAGGCUGUUUUCCUCGACAAGCUCGAGAAUAGCUCCCUGCAAAAUAUUGCAAAACAUUUUUCGGAAUUCGACGAAGAAAUGAUUUUCUACCUACAGGAAAUGGAGAGGCGGUCGCCGGACUUCUUAUGGAGUACUCUGGAAACACAAUACGGAAUGACAUUCCAACAGAUAGUCAAGUUUUGUGUAAUUCUUAAAGGCAUCGCUAGUAGCUGAUUUAAUUAAAA